UCGACCCGCCUGCGCCUAGCCGUGCCAGCGAAUAUCGUUGCCCCAUCGACGCCAACAUUCAGUUCGCUACCCAAGAUGGGGGCGGCGCAUCAUACGUCGUUCCAGAUACAGUAGGCCACCAGUCGGACAAUGAUGGAGCAGUUCGCUUCAGAUUGGAGGCAGCGGAAUGGGACGAUCCUCGUGGCAACGCUGAGAGGACGGCCCUUCGCGGACACCUGCGUGAUUCAACACCCACGGUUGUCGCUAAUGUACCUUGCUUCCCCGAGGCGGAUUCAAGGUCAGGCAGCUCUCCUGAAAGAGUCGCGAGUGCACCAUCGGCUAGGAUGCCGCCAAAUCCUGGAUUCUCAACUUCAAGACCUGAGGACAGGUUUAACGCCACACACGAGUCCCAUAACGUUGGCAGCGACAUCGCUUCCCAUAUGGUGGCAUCAAACCUUGGUGAUUCGGUCAAUAGUACGACUGUAGUUCCUCAGAGAAUCCGACUUGAAGCCACUGUUCCCUCGAGCUUCGUUCCAACAUCUGUCCGUAGUGUCAGCUCAGUCAUGAACGCAGCUUCAAUUACCCUCACCAACGGUCCAAGACAACAACGGACACCAUCGCUAAGCUGUCGACAGCUCCUUCAGCAGCGCUUGCAGAAAUACAAACUCGGCGCAAAAUUUGACGUCGAGUAUACGGGACCACAGCACGCUCAGUCUUGGAGUAUCACGUUCAAGAUUGGCGACUAUGAGGUUGGGCGGUCUUCAUGGCACAGCAGUAAAGAUGCGGCAAAGGAGGAAGCUGCCAGUUGUGCACUGGCUUGGAUGAACCAGUAUGCUGCCUUCAAUGAUAAACUAUUAUCAACCCUCGAAAUGGGGCCUCAGAUUG